AUGGCGUCCAGCGCAAACGAAGCCAUCCAGCAGCUGGAAUUGCUAUUGCAACCUGAAGAAACGAUCGACAACAGAACUUUCGGCCCCAAAGUUGGAGCAGCGCUCAACGGGAAACUGGGUGCUUUUUACCAGCUGUACCUUUUCGCGAUUACAUUCGUCCACACGACAAGACUGAUACCCCAAAUGGUUUCCUUGCAAGAAUUCGCCGCUGCAUUCAGGAACGAGGCAUUGUCGAUUCUUCGACGUACUGAACAGAGGCUGCCAAUAACUUCUUACGGAAUCCAAACUUCCCGCUUCUCGAUCCCCACACGACGGGAAUCUAUCGACUACAUGUUGGACGUUUUGCACAAUGUCGAGCACCUCACUACACUGUUCCCCGCUCACGAGAGCUUCUACGAUCCCAAUACCCAUCAGGAGGUGCGUCUACUUGAGCGAAACAAUAACUUUAUUGGCAUGCAAGGAGAGCCCCGGGUUGUUCUCACUCUUUUCCGCACCCUCCUAGCGGCGGAACUGCUCGAAAAACAUUACCCAGGAAAACAUGCUCAGAAUGAUAGUAUCAUGGAUGAGGUCGUCAGGUGGUGGUGGGUGGAGGGAGAGUUUCCUGAGAACUUUCCUAACUUUGAUGCUCGCCUGGCCGCCGUGAAAGAUGAAUACCCUGGAGUCUUUGGCAAGUUGUUACGCAGACUUGGAAACACUGAUCCUGUAGAGGAUCCUCGUUCAUGGGAAGACCCGCGUAUGAUAUUCCCUUACUUGCCACGCCAGUCUCAGACCCAGCCGUGGACGAGUAAAGUGGGAGACCUGCCGAUAUUUUCAUUUCUUCGUCGCGGCCCCUCCGCAAUAGGGGAUCUUAGAAGAAUCAUAUCAGAAGCAACCGGUAUUAUUGCGGAAGAUCCUCAAGUUCCCACGGAGCAAAAUCCACCGAGAUCAACCAACACUUACAGUCUCCCGGACUUUUCAACCACGUCUGAACCAUCCCAAGAAGAUGAAACUAAAAAGCCGGUGCCAGUGGAAAAAGAAGAGGCCCCUGCUGCUGAUGGUGGUGCUCCUCCGUCAAGAUCGACAAAUACUUAUAGUCUCCCGGACUUUUCGACUACGUCUGAAUCAUCCCAAGAGGCUAAAGAGAAAAAGACCGCGCCGACUGAGACAGAGGCAUCUACAGCUACCACGUCAAUAUCAACAAACACUUACAGUCUCUCGGACUUUUUGAGCACAUCUAAAUCGUCCCAAGAAAAUGAAUCUGGAAAUCUAGCACCAGCUGCAAAAAAAGUUCCCGUUGCUGCUGCCCCGCGAAGAUCGACAAACACGUUUAGUGUUCCUGAGAAACAUAUCGAGUCUUCAGACAGCUCUGAUUCUGCUGAUGACUACGUUCAUUAUCCUACUGUUUCUUCUGCCAGGGAAACUACUGCAACUGAUGCGGUGCCAACAUCGACCAGCAAUGUUUCUCCUGCCAGGGAAACGACUACAAUUGAUGUGGUGUCAACAUCGACUAGCAAUAUUUCGCCUGCUAUCGAAGAAGCCCCAGUUUAUCCUGCCAUGGAAAUGACUGCAACUGAGGUAGUGCCGACAUCGACCAGCAAUGUUUCUCCUGCUAUCGAAGAACCUCUAGUUUCUCCUAACAAAGACUCUACUGUUCCCAGUCCUCCGCACGCCCUCCACAAUACUUCUGACGAGCCGAUUCACAGCCCAUCCAAGGACACUGCCAUUUCCGACAUACAUGGUUCCGAGGGUUCUUUGUCGCCUUCACGUCAACUCCAUGAAUUCGCGCAGGAGCUACCACAAGACAUUCCUGCAAACAGUCCCCCGGCUAGCCAAGAACCACCACCCCACGCGACUGAAAAGGAACAAGAAGCCAAGGGCACAAGUAGUCCUUCACCCGAUUUACGAGAAGUUUCAAGGCUAGAGGAGGAAAUCUCAGUUGCUGGUACACCGGACACUCCGGACCCGCAGAUGACCUCUGCCGCCACCGGGUCUGAGCAAGCUCUCGAACAACUACCUGCUGUUCCUCCUAAAACAAGCCCACCACCGCCUCCCCGUCGAAGUGUGCGCCAGCGACGGCAGCCGGAGAGAUAUGACUCGGCCCCGGCACGGCGACGUGGAGUGAUCAAGAGGGAGUCCGAAGACAAAGGCAAGACCACGAAGAGCACAACCAAGAGCCCGAACAAGAGAAAGCGACAAGACAAGCACAAGAACGAAGAUCUCGAAAGGGGAGCACCCGCCAAAAGGCAAAAGCACUCUGGAAAGGGAAAAGGGGCCCUUCGCAAAAAGCCAGCUCCUUUACGUCCUUCUGCUGGUGUGUCUGCUUUAGAGACUGUGGGUGUGAGUGCUAGAGGAAGAAUGCGCAAGGCUCCUCAGAAAUACGGCCGUUGA